AUGCUUAGGUCUUUUGUUGGGAAGAUAGAAAAGGGUGUUUCACACUUUGUACACAGAAGGCCUCCACUGAACUACUUGAGUGAAGCCACAACAAGUGUGGUGCCAGAUGAUGUUAGGGAAGGAUAUUUUGCUGUACUUGCAAUAAAGGGUGGAGAAUCCAAAAGGUUCGUUGUUGGAUUGCAUUACUUGAAUGAUCCUGCUUUCAUGGUACUGUUGGAUCAAGCUCAGGAAGAGUUUGGUUUCAGGCAAAAGGGAGCUCUUGCAAUCCCUUGUCAGCCUCAAGAAUUACAGAAGAUUCUAGAUGGCUGGAAAGCAUAG